AUGGCUAUCCUUUCGAGGCAGGCGAAAGCUAGGUCCAUCAAGGAUCCCAUUCACGACUUCAUGGGGAACUUCUCGAAACAAGUUAGCGCCAUAAUCGACACACCACACUUUCAACGCUUACGCCAUAUCAAACAACUGGGCACAACCUAUCGAGUUUAUCCUGGCGCGUCCCACAAUCGUUUCGAGCAUUGUCUCGGCGUGGCUCACUUGGCGCGUUCUAUGGCCGUCCACCUACAAAGUAAUCAACCUGAACUGGGCAUAACGGACCGGGAUGUGGAGUGUGUCCAGAUUGCGGGUCUUUGCCAUGACCUGGGGCAUGGUCCGUAUAGUCACGUCUGGGAUGGCCUAUUUAUUCCUUCCGUCGCACCAGAAAAGAACUGGAAGCACGAGGACGCGUCGAAAAUGAUGUUUGACGACCUCAUCAAGUUCUUAAAGCGAAAGGGUAUCGUCGAGGAAACCGCGUUCCCCGAAAAGGACGUCAAAUUCGUACUUGCCCUCAUCGACGGAGACCCGGCUCAGUGCGAUCCAGAAGAGAAGCCGUUCCUAUUUGAUAUAGUUGCCAACAAAAGGAAUGGAAUCGAUGUGGACAAGUUUGACUACAUUGCCCGGGACCGUUACAUGAUGGGCAUUUCCAGCCAAUUUCCUUCCUCUCGUAUCAUCCAGAGUGCGAGAGUCAUCAACAACGAAAUUUGCUACGACAUCAAAGACGUCAACAUCCUACACGACAUUGGCACCAGUCGCUUCGGGCUUCACAAGCAGCAGUACAAUCACAAAACCGCCAAAGCCAUCGAGUACAUGAUAGUGGACGCGUUGAAGCUUGCCGAGCCACACAUGAAAAUCGCCACUCGAAUCGAUGUCCCAGAGGAGUUUCUUCAUCUUACCGACAACAUCGAGCUGGAGAUCAAAGCUAGUAGAGGACCGGAGCUGCAGGCUUCCCGAGACCUUCUCGAUGACAUCGACAUCCGCAAUCUCUAUAAGCUAGUGGACGACACUUUUGUCGACUGGGAAAAUCAGAGAAUAUUUAGGCAACGAAUGACCAGCCAACGAAUCGUCGAAGCAGCCAAGCGUAUCGCGGCAGAAGAGGCGGAAUCGUUGGACCUCGGCUCGCUCACCCCCGAGACGGUUAUUGUUGACCAGACCACCAUGCACUAUGGGAUGAAGGAGAAGAAUCCGCUUGAUUUCGUCAAAUUUUACUCCAAGCAUAACCCCGAUCAAUGUGCGUUGGCUCAAAGAGGCGACUAUUCAACUCUCUUGCCCCAAUACUUCGCAGAAAUUAAGCUCUCUGUUAUCACGAAAUUGCCCCAGUAUUUUGGCGUGGUGCAAGCAGGUUAUCGUGCUGUUCUCAAGUCAAUUCAGGACGAAAUCAUGCGACCCACAACGCCUACACGGACCGGACAUUCCCGCGUAUCCAGUUUUGGCUCGCUCGAUGGCAACUCGUUGACAAGGGUGCCGCUCAACUUUUCGCUGGCCACUCCUGGCAAACCAAUCACGGGGAAACGGUCUUUGGGCUCUAUAGAUGAGGGAGAUGAUGAGAGAAGUGCGAAGCGACAAGCCAGGUCAAUCGAAUGA